UAUUGUUAUACUCCCCCUUCCUUUUGCGUUGUUCGAUCCAACCGUAAAGGAAGAUAUCCGUUGAUCGUCGAGCUACUCUGCUAACCGCUGAUUAAUUUCCAAAGCAACCACCAAUCCCGUGUAUCGAGCGUCAAGUAUUCGAGUCGUGCCGGGAUGUUAUUACGCAACGAGACUCUCGUCCACGGUCCAUUGGCUUUUAUCGGCGAGGGAAUGGGGUAUGUCCCGGCGAUGCGUGAAAGAUUCCUGGGAUGGAACGUCCCGCCGGAACAUUCCGAGCUCGUACAUCCCCACUGGAGAGGGUUCCUUGCACCUGGAAAAUACUGGCACAUUGGACUAGCGCUCAUCUAUACCAUGCUGCUAGUCAUGUCCGUCGUAGGGAAUUGUUGCGUCGUAUGGAUAUUUAGCACAUCAAAAUCGCUGAGAACAGCUUCCAACAUGUUCAUCGUUAGCCUGGCGAUAUUCGACAUAAUAAUGUCUAUCGAAAUGCCAAUGUUUGUAAUGAACAGUUUUUUGGAACGUAUGGUCGGCUUUCAAAUUGGAUGCGAUAUCUACGCGCUGUUCGGAUCUGUUUCUGGCAUGGGACAAGCCAUUACGAACGCUGCCAUCGCGUUCGAUCGAUACAGGACAAUUUCCUGUCCGAUCGAUGGACGACUCAACUCGAAACAAGCCGCGGUAAUCAUCGCGAUCACGUGGUUCUGGGUAGCACCGUUCUCUAUUUUACCGCUACUGAGAGUCUGGGGUCGAUACACUUCCGAGGGCUUUAUAACUACUUGCUCGUUCGAUUAUCUAACGGAGGAUCAAGACACCAAGGUCUUCGUCGUGGCUAUCUUCGUAUGGUCCUACGUGAUCCCCUUGUCGUUUAUCGUCUACUUUUACUCUCAAUUACUCCAGUCUAUUCGCAAUCACGAGAAAAUGCUACGCGAGCAGGCCAAGAAAAUGAACGUGAAAUCGUUGGUGUCGAAUCAGGACAAAGAAAGGAGCGUCGAACUGCGAAUUGCCAAAGUGGCGUUCACCAUCUUUUUCCUGUUUCUACUAGCAUGGACACCGUACGCAACUGUCGCUUUAAUAGGGGCAUUCGGCAAUCGGGAACUGUUGACGCCUGUAGCUACGAUGUUGCCUGCUCUGUUUGCAAAAACAGUGUCUUGCAUCGACCCGUGGAUUUACGCGAUCAAUCAUCCGAGAUACCGACAAGAGUUGCAAAAGAGGUGUAAAUGGAUGGGCAUUCGCGAGCCAGAACCGACUCACGACACAGCGUCCGCCCAGACUGAGAAGAUUAAAACUGACGACGCAUAAAUCGAGCUACUUCAACUACGAACCACGACGCGCUUACGGGUAUGAUCGUUUAAUUCGAGUAUUCGAUCGAGACCACACUUCAUCGAGCCACCACAAGUGUGAUCUCGAUCUCACGUCUUUGGUUUUUACUUUCGAUUUACGUAUCAGCACGUACAGUCUGAGAUUCUUCUACCAAACUAUGCACGCCGGAUUGUUAAACGCGAUCGUAACGGUCUGUACACCGCUAUUGCAGAUUGUACUCUCAUUGAAGUAUUAAUAAAGGUAAUUA